CUCCAAGCUAGUGUCGUUAGAACCAGACUGGAAGUAAAACUGGAAAGCUUUCAACAGGGUCACAAAUUUGGUAUAACCAGCAGCUAGAUUGUUUCAACCUAUAAAAAAACCGGGACCCAGAAAGCUAAUUGAGUCACCAGUUCACUGGUUCAAUUAUCUAAUCUAAUCACUUAAUCAGAGUCUGAGAACAUUACUCACCCACCAAUUCAAUCAUACUAAUCUAGAAAGGAGUUCAAUAAAAAUUUAGUGCAAACUUCGAUACUGAUCAAAUUUAGUUCAAGCUCCGGAUGUAUUGAGAGCCAGGAUAUUGUUGAGAGGCUACGCCCCUGGACGUCGGCUAUAAGCUGACAAUUCAGAUCUCCUGCCACAACUACCCACAUCUCGCUACAGGUGCACAUUGGGAAUGUCUCCCCAUGAAUGUACAGCUCUAGUGAGAUGUGGGUAGGAUUCUUUGUGGGAAGGAUAUCCGAGCUCAUAAGCUGAAUCACAUAAAUCUCUGAGUUCUUUCUUUGUAUGCUCUAUUUUGCUUUUACUCUUUUGUUUUCUCUACUCUAUACCCCUUUUGUUAUGGAUUGAAUAACUGAAAAAAGAUUACGGCUGCGGUCUAAAUCCCUCUUCUCCAGCAACAGCAUUGUCUUCUCCAAUAGGAAGCAUUUGUUCUUCGAUUGGCAUAAAAUGAACACUGGUAUCCUAUCACAAUGGAAAGGGGUUAAAAUAUAGCUAUUUUGGUUAUUUCAGAAUUAUACUUCUCUCACCUAUUCAAAACUUGAACGGUAUUUCUGUUCUUUCACUUGCCAUCUAACAUCAGUUAGACGAUUUUGGACUAAAAUCAUUUUUGGGUUUGUUAGAAACACUAACAUCCUUGAAAGUUGAAACCUUUUAAGUUUUAAUUGGUGCUCAAUGCUCAUUGAACAAAUAAGUGUUGUCCUCCUCCUUCAGGUCAAGUUGUUUAGAGUGUAGUCUGAUGGGGCCCAAUUUGCAAAGCCAAAAGCCACCUCGAGGAAGACCUUCCAAAUGUACACUUAUUCAAAGCAUCUCAACCAAUGCUUGCUUCAUCUGUCCCAAACGGGCCCUUUGAUCAGAUGGAGGAGGAAAUAUCUGCGUUGCAUUAGUCAACCCUCAAAUGGGGUGGGUCCAAUCGGGGCGUCUGACCACUCUACCAGGUGCUUUGACGGAUGCAGACAUUUCUAAUUCGCGAAAAACUAUAUAGACUAUCCAACUGUCAAGGAUAUUUAAGUAAUUUUGGUCUAACUAAAGACAGCAACUAAUAAAAGGGUGAAGGUGAAGAAAGAGGGUGAGAGGAGAGAGAACAGAACGGGCGUGAUCCACAGACCCAAAAAAAAAAAAAAAAAAAUCUGAAAAUGGCGUCUCUAUCUUCCUCUCCUCUUGUUUCUAAUCCUCAAUGGAGAACCAAUUCUCGGAGUUGUAGAUUCUGCACUAGUCACUACUUCCUUAGAACCCCAUCUUCUGUAUUCCUCUCUUCUCGGAGGUGCCAAGGCCUGUCCCGGCCGAUCAUUACCUCCCAGCUCUGCACCCAAGAACUGGUGACCAUAGACAGGUCUGCUUUGGUUGUCGCCGAAGCUUUCUCCGAGGAGCAGCUCUGGGCUGCUGCUUGUCUCCGUGUUCGGUCAUUCAACGAAUUUCAGGAGUCUUACGGUGUCCAGGAUCAUAAGAGGUACUUGGCGGAGCGUGAGUUUGAAGCACUGAAGGAACGUAUUGCUGGGAAGAGGAUAGGAUUUAGAAGGGUUUCUUGUAUAAAUGCUACGCUUCCAUUAUCAGAAACAUCAAACUUUUCAGAUGAUCUGUGCUCUGCAUGUAAGUUUUCUGAAAAAGGAGAAAAUCGCAUUGUGGUGGGGACCCUUGAUCUUAACCAAUGUCUACGGCUUCCUGAGGAAAUCACUGGGAAGAAGCCAGAGGGUAUUGGAGCUGAUUUAACAAGGGCAUACCUCAGCAAUGUAUGUGUUGCCAAGGAGCUACAUAGAAAUGGUGUGGGCUAUGCAGUUGUUGCCAAAGCAAAGGAACUUUCCCAAGAAUGGGGUAUAACUGAUCUAUAUGUGCAUGUUGCCAUCGACAAUGAACCAGCAAGGAAACUGUACAUCAAGAGUGGUUUUGUAUAUGAAAAUGAUGAACCUGCUUGGCAAGCUAGGUUUCUGGAUCGGCCACGGCGGAUUCUGCUAUGGACUGCUAUCCCCUAGGCUGAGAAGUUGUAGUUCUGGGGUGAAGCCAAACUUCAACUGCACAUUUUUUUUUUCCUUUUCCAUUUGAAAGUGUAAAAUGUAUCCAUGAUCAUGACAUCAUGUUGACCACCACGAGAUUGUAUUCGACAUUUUAUCAAACAUAAUAUAUGUCAUCACCAUUGUUUGACUGAUUCCAAACUUC